UAUAUAUCAAACUUCACUAUUACAUAUUAAUACGGAUUGCAUUAAAAAUCCAGAUUUGUUUUAUUUGAUACAAUUGAUUGACAUAUAUUAAACUAUGACAAAUUGUAUGUACAAAAGAAAUAUAGAGUUAUAUGAAGAACCAACUACUUACAAAUAUGAUUAUGUACAUCAUCCGUUGAGUUUAACAGAGAAAACUUCCGCAACAGUACAUGUUAUCAGUCCAUUAAAGGAUGCAAAAUAUUUAGACUUAUCAAAACAGACAGUUAGAGCCCAUGAUACUUUACAAUGCUUAAGCUAUGAUAAGCAAAUACCAUUUAAUACUCUUUGGGAAUCUAAAGAUACAAUAAGUAUUUCUGUAAAGCCAUCAAUUAGACACAAAAUUCUUGGAGAUCAUGGGUAUCAAGAGGUAAUAAGAUCUAGGCCACGUGUGUAUAUGACUCCAGGUAUAAGUCUUGAUGAUAUACAAAAUUCUAAGACAAGAAAACUAUUGGUUGAUUUUACAUAUAUGACAACAUCAAAUCAUGCUUCUAAGGAUGUUUGGGGUGAUUUUGAACCAAAACAUCCAUGUCAUACUGAAAUAAAUGUAGAAGAAAUAUGUAAAGAAAGUAUGCAAAAACCAUUGUGUAUUUUAUCAGCACGGUUUCCAAACGAAGCUGACAAAUGGGAUAAAUUGCAAGAUCGUUUAUUUUCUAUGAGUACUACGUCAACUUUGAAUAAUAUUAAAUCCAAAAUUGAUCCUAUACAUAGUAACUCAGAAAGUAAACAUUUAGAAACAGAACCAAGUAGUGAACGAUUGGAAGUGAAAAGAUUGUUAGAAAAAGAUAAAUUGCGUAUAGCUUAUGAUAAGUUAUCUCUGACAUAUGGUGGUUAUAGACCAUGCGUAGGUUUAGGUAUUCCUUUAGAGAAAAAAGUAUUUCCAAUUGUUCAUCCAGAUUUAUCUAUAUCACAGGCACUUCAUCGGUAUGUAUAUUUUAUAUAUUUUAUUAAAAUAGCACAUAUUUAAUUAUAAUCUAAUGUUUUAUAUAAUGAAUAUAAUCUC